AUGUCUGAAGUUGGAUGUCCAGCGCACCCAAAUGCUCGUUUAGUUGAGGACCAUAGGGCAGGUGAUUUAAUUUGCACUCAAUGUGGAUUGGUUGUGGGAGAAAGAUUAAUUGAUGUUGGUACUGAAUGGCGAUCUUUCAGUGAUGAACGUUCUGGCAAUGAUCCGGUUAGUUGGUAUUUUUAUGAUCAUUUCAUGGGUUCUAAUUAUUUUUUGGUGUAA